AUGACGGGCGAUUUGGUGGAUCUGUUCACCGGCGGCGGAAAUGUGAAGACGAAGGUGAAGGGAACGGUGGUUCUGAUGAAGAAGAACGUCCUCGAUUUCAACGAUUUCAACGCUUCGUUUCUCGAUCGCCUCCAUGAGUUUCUCGGAAACAAAGUCACUCUUCGACUUAUUAGCUCUGAUCUUAGUGAUCCAGAAGACGGUUCCAAGGGCAAACUAGGGAAGGCUGGUCACUUGGAGGACUGGAUCACCACGAUCACGUCGUUAACCGCGGGCGAAUCAGCUUUCAAGGUCACGUUCGACUACGACAGCGAUUUCGGUUACCCUGGCGCAUUCUUGAUCAGAAACAGCCAUUUUAGUGAGUUUUAUCUCAAAAGUCUCACGCUUGAAGACGUCCCAGGCCAUGGCAGAGUCCAUUACCUCUGCAACUCUUGGGUUUACCCUGCUAAAAACUACAGCAAAGACCGAGUCUUCUUCUCCAACAAGACUUAUCUUCCACAUGAAACACCAGCGACGCUGCUCAAGUAUAGAGAAGAAGAGCUGGUGAGCCUAAGAGGAACCGGAGAAGGAGAGCUUAAGGAAUGGGACAGAGUAUAUGACUAUGCUUACUACAACGAUCUAGGUGUCCCACCAAAUAACCCACGGCCUGUACUUGGAGGCACUCCUGAGUAUCCUUACCCAAGAAGGGGAAGAACCGGGCGAAAACCGACUAAAGAAGAUCCUCAAACCGAGAGCAGGUUACCCAUCACGUCGAGCCUCGACAUAUAUGUUCCACGGGAUGAGAGAUUUGGACACUUGAAGAUGUCUGAUUUCCUUGCUUAUGCUCUGAAAGCCAUUGCUCAGAUCAUCCAGCCUGCGCUUGAGGCCGUCUUCGAUGACACUCCCAAGGAGUUUGAUUCUUUUGAAGAUGUUCUUAAGAUCUAUGAAGAAGGAAUUGAUCUACCGAACCAGGCUCUGAUUGAUAGUAUCGUUAAGAAUAUACCACUUGAGAUGUUGAAGGAGAUAUUCAGAACAGAUGGCCAGAAAUUUCUUAAGUAUCCAGUGCCUCAGGUCAUCAAAGAGGACAAAACUGCAUGGAGAACUGACGAGGAAUUCGCUAGAGAAAUGCUGGCUGGGCUAAACCCUGUUGUUAUUCAACUUCUUCAGGAAUUUCCUCCAACUAGCAAGCUUGACAGCAAAAUAUACGGUAACCAAAACAGUACAAUCACCAAAAGCCACAUAGAACAGAGCUUAGAUGGGCUCACUGUGGAAGAGGCUCUGGAGAAGGAAAGGUUGUUCAUAUUAGACCACCAUGACACACUGAUGCCGUACUUGGGACGUAUAAACACCACCACUACUAAGACUUAUGCAACUAGGACACUUCUGUUCCUGAAAGAUGAUGGGACCUUGAAGCCAUUGGUGAUAGAGCUGAGCUUGCCUCAUCCUGAUGGAGACAGAUUUGGAGCAGUGAGUGAAGUAUAUACACCUGGUGAAGGGGUCCACGACUCUCUGUGGCAGUUGGCAAAGGCUUUUGUGGGCGUAAAUGACUCUGGAAACCAUCAGCUUAUCAGCCACUGGAUGCAGACACAUGCAUCGAUUGAACCAUUUGUGAUAGRCACGAACAGACAGCUGAGCGUCCUUCACCCGGUUUUUAAGCUCCUUGAACCUCACUACCGUGAUACGAUGAACAUCAAUGCACUUGCUAGGCAAAUCUUGAUCAAUGGUGGUGGUAUCUUUGAGAUCACUGUGUUCCCUUCUAAAUAUGCCAUGGAGAUGUCAUCUUUCAUCUACAAGAACCACUGGACCUUCCCCGACCAAGCGUUACCUGCAGAGCUUAAGAAGAGAGGGAUGGCUGUUGAGGAUCCAGAAGCACCACACGGUUUACGUCUGAGGAUAAAAGACUAUCCUUACGCUGUGGAUGGGCUUGAGGUUUGGUAUGCAAUUGAAUCAUGGGUCCAAGACUACAUUUCCUUAUACUACAAGACGGACGAGGAUGUCCAAAAUGACACGGAGCUCCAAGCUUGGUGGAAGGAGGCGCGUGAGGAAGGUCACGGAGAUAAAAAGUCAGAACCUUGGUGGCCUAAAAUGCAAACGCGCGAAGAACUCAUGGAGUCUUGCACUAUAAUAAUUUGGGUGGCUUCUGCUCUUCACGCAGCGGUUAACUUCGGACAGUAUCCGAUCGCGGGUUACCUCCCAAACCGGCCGACCAUAAGCCGUCAGUUCAUGCCAAAGGAAAACACUCCAGAGUUUGAAGAACUUGAGAAGAAUCCGGAUAAAGUGUUCUUGAAAACGAUCACAGCUCAGCUUCAGACACUUCUUGGAAUAUCUCUGAUUGAGAUUCUGUCAACUCAUUCAAGCGAUGAGGUGUAUUUAGGGCAGAGAGAUUCUAAAGAAUGGGCGGCUGAGAAAGAGGCGUUGGAAGCGUUUGAGAAGUUUGGAGAGAAAGUAAAGGAGAUUGAAAAGAAGAUUGAUGAGAGGAACGAAGAUGAGAAUCUGAAGAACAGGAAUGGUCCAGUUAAGAUGCCGUACACUGCUUUGUUUCCGACCAGUGAAGGUGGAGUCACUAACAGAGGAAUCCCAAACAGCGUCUCCAUCUGA